AGCCCGGCCCUCUCCAGAGCACGAAUGGAGAACGUGCCUGAACUGACAGACGAGACCAUACAGCGAAUGCGGCCUGCUCGAUCACGUAGCCGGAGACCAAGUUUCGCAACGCAGCAGCUGGAGGACCCGUUAGCUACCUGGCCAGGAGGUCACGUGAGGGUAUGACGUAUUGUGCUGCACGCUGUACUGACCGACUGCCUGUCAGUUUACUCCACGCGACGAAGUGUGCAGUGAAGGGAAGAGUAGGGAUGUUGAAGUGAACAUGGAACUGGUGUCCACCAAGAUCGUGGUUCUGACACUGCUGGGAGUUAUCCGACUGUUCUUCGGCUUGGUGCCGCUCAAGAUCACGAAGAAGCUGAAGUUGUGGGGGGAGAGCGGUGUGUCAGAUCAGCUAGUGGAGCGGCGUCGUGCCCGGGUGGAUACUGCUAUAUCGCUGGGUCUCUGUUUCGGCGGCGGGGUUCUGCUAGCUACAUGCUUCAUCCAUAUGAUCCCUGAAGUCCGGGAGUCCCUGGAGGUUGUGAAACGCAGUGGCUUCAGCGUCAUCUCCCACGAUACCAGUUUCCCUUUCGCAGAACUUCUCAUCUGCUGUGGCUUCUUCCUCGUCUACGUGAUAGAAGAAAUAGCACACCGUUUGUUUGUUCAUUCAGAUCGCAAGGAGUUCUGCGUGAGGCCAUCUCUUCAGUACUGUUCUACCGCAGAAACAGAACUCAAGAAAACUGCAGACAGCACCGAAGACAAAUUUGGGUUCCAUAAUGACGCAGAUGCGCCACUUUCUGCUAAAAGUCGUCAGAGGUCAAGUGGUAAGAUAGUACCAGCGUCCUCUCAAGUACAUCUAAUCGCGUCGUCCCUGUCCCUGGAACACUCGCACUGCGCCACACUGCCUCAGCAGUCGACUGUGAUUAAUGUAGGAAACUGUCACCCUUGCGAUGGGAAAGCCACACCUGAGAUGCCACAUCAUCACCACAGUGGCUACGCGUUGGACAGCCUCAGUCAGGAGUCAAUGGUUGGAGGGCUCCGUAGAUUCCUGGUGGUCGUGGCCCUCUCUUUCCACUCGGUGUUUGAAGGCCUCGCUAUAGGGCUGCAGCACACCCAGCGUGACGUGUGGUAUCUCUUCACUGCGGUAUCCAUUCAUGCGUGUGCUAUUCUUUUCUGUAUAGGAUUGGAGCUAGUUACAUCGGGCAUCCGUCUGUUAAAUCUUGUGUUAUACGUUGUGAUACUGUCCCUCGUAUCACCGCUUGGUGUGGUGGUCGGUAUUUUGGUGACUGUGGACUCUUCCACCGAAGGCCCUGUUCAGGAUCUCGUAGUAGCUGUAAUGCAAGGCAUAGCAGGUGGAACUAUUCUCUACAUAACUUUCUUCGAAGUGUUGGAUAGAGAAAAGAGGAAGGAAACUGGGUGCGGUAUCAUCAGACUAGUCUUCAUUCUCGUUGGCUUCUCCAUGAUGGUUGCACUUCAAGCACUAGGUGGACAUGACCAUGUGAAAGGAGAAGGACACAAAUUUCAUGCCCCCAACACCACCUCCCAUCUCCGAAAUCACAACCAUGAUCACCACAAGUGAGAGCACCCAAUGCAGUUGCUGCAAAACAUGUCUUCCAGCAAGAAGGUUAACAGCUGUUGCACAUGUAUGGAACCUCAAGGGACAGUUAAUAUACACAAACCAAAACGCUGUUUCUGUGAUUUCUAUGAUCAAUUCAGUAUUUCCUCUCUGUCUGUUAGACAACUUCUGACAAGAAUCUGAGCUUUUGUAGGUAGCAUGCUGGAAGUUCUCACACCUUUGACAAACAGCACAGUAUUAUUAGAAAUGUCACUACAUAAAUUUGCAACAUCAUGUAAAUUGCUCACUGGAAAUACAUAAUUUUGAAGUUAA